CAGGUGCAGCUGGUUAGAUUUAGUACAGAGACUUUUAAGGAUAAGGUCACUGUUAUAUUUUGUCUGUAGAAGCUUAAUUAAUUUCAGAUCCUGAAUUAAUCUUGUCCCUGUUUGAACUGUUUGGUCCUUGGAUUUGUUAAUAUGACAUAGGUCUAUGCAGUUGAUUGCCAUGCCCAUGUAAUUCUGUCAAGGAUGCCAUCAUCAUUGUGAAAUGUGUCCUUCACUGGGUAAAAGCGGGUCAGAGAAAUAUAUUAUCUUACUCUAAGCAGAUUUUCUGGAAAUAUGCAAAUUUUUUUUGUUUUAAAACAAGAAUAAGAACAUCGAUUUCGCAUAUAUACUCUGUAUGUGUGCUUGUGUUUCUUGCACACUAACUACAUUACUGCGGUGUGAAGACUUUGCUGAAAUUGAGCUUCUUAAGUGCCAUUUCAAAAUGGCGCAUCUGAAUCUCUGAAAUUAUGGUUCAGGCUGAGAAAGCUGGCAGAUAGAAGCAUAGUGGAGUACCAUGGUAGAGAAUGGCGUGCAGCUCACAUUGACCUCAACCGUGAAGAACAAUGGCAAGAUAAGAAUCAAUGGAGAAGUGCUAAAUGGAUCACCUCUCAAAGAGAAGCAUGAAGCAGCUGGCAGCAAUGGCGCCGCCGUGCAGCCAUCGAAUGGGCGGGCGGCAAAGCAGCCGCAGAAGGUGCUGUGCACGACGUGCGGCAAGGGGCACGCGUGCCAGGCGGUGAUCGGCCGGACGAGGCAGAUGCGCGCGCUGAUCGACGCGAGGAAGCCCCACCAGGCGCACUCGGCGUUCCGCCGCCUCGUCGACGACGGCCACCGGCCGUCGCUGGUGACGUACACCACGCUGCUCACCGCGCUGACGAGCCAGCGCAUGUUCGAGUCCAUCCCGUGGCUGCUCGCCCAGGUGGAGGACGCCGGGCUCCGGCCGGACUCCAUCUUCUUCAACGCCCUCAUCAACGCGCUCGUGGAGGCCGGCCGGAUGGGGGAGGCGACCAACACAUUCCUGAGGAUGGGGCACUCCGGCUGCAGCCCGACGGUGAGCACGUUCAACACGCUGAUCAAGGGGUACGGCAUCGCCGGCCGGCCGGAGGAGUCGCAGCGCGUGUUCGACGUGAUGGCCGGCGGCGAGGGGGUCCGGCCGAACCUGACGACGUGCAACAUCCUCGUCAAGGCGUGGUGCGACGCCGGGAGGCUGGAGGAGGCGUGGCGCGUGGUGGCCCGGAUGCGCGCGGCGGGAACCGAGCCCGACGUCGUCACGUACAACACCCUCGCCAGCGCGUACGCCAAGAACGACGAGACGUGGCGCGCGGAGGAGCUCGUCGUGGAGAUGGCGACGCAGGCGGGCCUCCGCACCAGCGAGCGCACCUGGGGCAUCAUCGUCGGCGGGUACUGCCGGGAGGGCCGCCUCGGCGAGGCGUUCCGCUGCGUCCGCCAGAUGAAGGACGCCGGCGUGCUCCCCAACGUCAUCGUCUUCAACACGCUCCUCAAGGGCUUCCUCGACGCCAACGACAUGGCCGCCGUCGACGACGUUCUUCGGCUGAUGGAGCAGUUCGGGAUCAAGCCGGACAUCGUCACCUACAGCCACCAGCUGAACGCGCUGAGCUCCAUGGGGCACAUGGCCAGGUGCAUGAAGGUGUUCGACAAAAUGAUCGAGGCGGGGAUCGAGCCGGACCCGCAGGUGUACAGCAUCCUCGCCAAGGGCUACGUCCGCGCGCAGCAGCCGGAGAAGGCGGAGGAGCUCCUGCGCCAGAUGGACCGCCUCGGCGUCCGCCCCAACGUCGUCACCUUCACCACCGUCAUCAGCGGGUGGUGCAGCGUCGCCGACAUGGACAACGCCAUGAGGGUCUACGCCGCCAUGCGCGACGCCGGCGUGCGCCCGAACCUCAGGACGUUCGAGACACUCAUCUGGGGCUACAGCGAGCAGAAGCAGCCAUGGAAGGCCGAGGAGGUGCUCCAGAUCAUGCAGGACGCCGGCGUCCGGCCGAAGCAGACCACCUACUGCCUCGUCGCCGACGCCUGGAAGGCCGUUGGCCUGGUCGAGAACGCUAACCGUGCGCUCGGCUCUUCCACCCCCUCCGACCUCCGCCAUGACGACGACGACGACGACGAUGACGAGGAGCCCGACCACCCAGACGAUGGCGACGACAAGCUACAGAGGUUCGAGAGAAGCAAUGGACAUGCCAAGAGUGACCCGUCAAGAUCCAUGCAGGUGACAAGCUGCACCGGUCUUGCUUCCAUGAGCUUGCAAGCUAUCAGGAAGACGGCGAGGCCGUCGUCGCCGUCGCUGCUCCGGCGAUCGUGCCAGCUUCCGCUGAGAUCCUCGUGGCUUUGCAGGAAGCAGCUUCAGAUGCAGUGUGGAGUGUACGGUCACAGCAUCAGCUCACUCAAGAUGGUGUUCCUCAGUUAAGAGGCCAUCUUGUGUUGUUCUUCAGUUUAAAAAAAAAGUGUACACUGGCAAGAACCUGUCAAUCACAACUAUUACUAUUUCUCAACACAUAUUGGAUUUCUGCUGUGC